AUGUCCUCGGUGCCUACAUUCGCCGGCCUGUCCGGUCGAAAGUUGAUGUGGUCGGUGACCUCAUGUGCAACCUUGGGCUUCUUACUCUUUGGUUAUGAUCAGGGUGUUAUGAGUAGCAUCAUUGAUGCUGACCCGUUUAAUGAUGUCUUCACCGCUACGAGAGACAACUCGACCAUGCAGGGUGUGGUGACUGCAAUCUAUGAGCUUGGCUGCCUUGGCGGUGCACUCUUUAUCCUUGGCUGCGGUGACUGGCUCGGCCGCAGAUAUUCUAUCAUGCUGGGAGCUUCCAUCAUGAUCAUCGGAGUCAUUCUCCAGAUCACGUCUUUCUCGGGACAUGUUCCGCUGGCCCAAUUCUGUAUCGGACGCGUGGUUACUGGCAUUGGGAACGGUAUGAACACGUCCACGAUUCCUACUUACCAGGCCGAAUGCUCGAGAACCUCCAACCGCGGUCUGCUCAUCUGCAUUGAGGGUAGUACUGUCGCAAUCGGAACCCUGAUCUCCUACUGGAUCGAUUUUGGUGCCUCCUACGGGCCCCCAGAUCUCACCUGGAGAUUCCCUAUUGCCUUCCAAAUCUUCUUCGGUCUUCUUAUCAUCAUCGGCCUCCUUUUCCUGCCCGAAUCCCCUCGUUGGCUAUUCACCCAGGAACGCUAUGAAGAAGGCGAGCGAGUCAUUGCCGCGUUGCAGGGCAAGGAGAUUAGCCACCAUGAUGUUCAAUUGCAAAAGACCAUCAUUCUGGAUUCUCUGCGAGCUUCUGGCAUGGCCACCAAAUCCACCCCCAUGUCGGCCGUUUUCACCGGUGGCAAGACCCAGCACUGUCGCCGCAUGUUACUGGGCUGCUCGUCGCAAUUCUUUCAGCAGAUCGGUGGAUGCAACGCCGUCAUCUACUACCUUCCGGUGCUCUUCCAACAAUCGCUUAAUCAAACCGAGUUCAUGGCCAUGGUCCUCGGAGGUGUCAAUAUGAUUGUGUACUCCAUCUUCGCCUGCAUGUCGUGGCUUCUAAUCCAAAAGGUCAGCCGUCGCAAGCUCUUCCUUGCCGGCUCGUUUGGUCAAAGCGCAUCUAUGAUCAUAACCUUCGCCUGCUUGAUUCCGGGCGAUGCGCAAGCGGCUAAAGGUGCAGCCGUCGGGUUGUUUACCUUUAUCGCGACAUUCGGAGCGACCUGGCUUCCGCUUCCGUGGCUCUAUCCCGCCGAAAUCUCCCCGAUUAAAACGAGAGCCAAAGCCAACGCCAUUUCCACCUGCACGAACUGGCUCUUCAAUUUCCUCAUUGUGAUGGUUACGCCGAUCAUGAUCCGGAACAUCAAAUGGGGAACAUAUCUCUUCUUUGCGGUUAUCAAUGCCUUGUUCAUCCCGGUGAUAUACCUAUUCUAUCCGGAAACGUCCGGGAGGUCGCUCGAGGAGAUUGAUCUGAUCUUUGCGAAGGGGUAUCUGGAAAAUAUGAAUUAUGUGCGGGCUUCCAAGGAACUCCCGCAUCUGUCCGACGAGGAGGUGGAACAGGUGGCCGUCCAGUAUGGGUUCGGGCCGGCGGAACAGCCACCCAGUGGGGACAGCGAUAGCACCGAGCUUAGGGGGACGAAGACCGAGAUUGAUCCGGAGAAGAAUUGA